GCCUUCGCCAUGGAGACUUUGGGGUUUGGAGAUGCAGAACAACCAAGGAAAAUGGACGCUGGUUCCACACGGAACGCGGUGAGAGCUAAUACUAGUCUUCAUCACAAACAUUUGAGGGUCCUGGGUCUUCCGGAAUCAGGCACUGAUGGAUCCUCUGGACUCAUCCCCAUCAACUGCACCGGCAUGUCAGGUAUUUGUUUCCGAAAGUUCUGUCAAACAGAAGAGAACUGUGGGUGAAGGUUUUUCUAGCCAGCCAAACUCAGAUCUCAUGGUCGGAGCUCCAGAGCAACGGAGUACGUUUGAUCAAGAUAUCACCCCCCGAUCUGCUAGCCGGCAUGGUUCCACCGGCUCCCGGCCAGAUGUUUGGGGAGCCCAACAUUCCCCUUUUCGGGAAUCUGCUACUUCAGUCAACUGCGAAUUUGACAAUACCUCCACGAACUGGCUCUUCAAUGACCAGGAUGAUCAUCAAAUGGACUCUUUGCUUUUGCGUAGUUUUCUUGAUUUUAAUGAAGAUGGUUGUAAGAUCGAAACAUCUGUUAAUGUAAAUGAGGAGAACCCUGAAGAUAAUGAUCAGAAACCGCAAACACGGAUGAAAUUUUCGUCUGUGAUAGAAGCUGAAGAAUUUUACAAAAACUAUGCCAAGAAAACUGGUUUUACAGUAAGAAAAGGGAAGAUACACAAGCAACGAGAUGGUACACUGAAAUGGCGACGUUUUCUUUGUUCAUGUGAAGGUUUCCGGGCCAAGAAGCAGUCCAACCAGGGAACAAAGUAUCAGAGAUUAGAUACAAGAACAGGUUGCGAAGCCCAGAUGCAAGUCACACUUGAAAAUGAACAAUGGGUGAUCACAAACCUUCAGCUUGAGCAUAAUCACAGCCUGCAAAAUUCAAAUGGAAGUUCGGAUAAGAGUAUUCAAGAUACACUAACUGGGCCUUCAGAAAAACUAGAAGGUGCUUCGGAAGCUGACAAGGUUUGUCCAAAACAUCAAUUGAAACAACUGAAACCUCAAGCUGUGGACUCCAGAAGGGCAAAAGGAGAGACUUCCUCGGCUCCGGCUGAAGCUGAGGACAGAGACAAAACUCUCUGGGAUCAGUUCAUUGGAAACUUAACCAGGCUCCUCAAGGAGAACAAUAAUGAACAACUUUUUGAGGAGGUUACUAAGUUGAAAUCAAUAUUCUGUCCGCACCCGAAAAACCAAGGCAACCUUUCACAACAAACACAAGAGGAUUCAGCGAGCAGUUAUUCGGAACAGUCCAUGGCCAAGGCCAGUGAUGGAGUAGAGACUCGUAAUUAUGUGGAAAGUGCUUCUGACCGGCUCACCAUGGAAGAGAGGUCACUGCCGAUUGCCAAAAGCGCUGACGAGGAGUUGGGCCAACCCUCUUUACCAACUAUUUACUCAGCUCAAGUACCUACCACGAAUGAUGUGAGUCAUUGGUUUAGGGGUGGCGCUGUUAGCAUAGCAUCAUCAACUGUCCCAACCCCUACUCUUCCUAUCACGACCAUUACUAGCGCUGGCACACCUGCAGCUGGGAGCUCCAGCCCACAUCUUCCUUGUCUCCAAGACAAGUGCUCAGGGGCUUCAAGGGAUCAGGGAAAACAGUGCACAAGUUUCGGGGGGGUCAACACCAUUGUCCAAGUCGAGGGAUCUGGAGUAUCUCAUACAAGUGAGUCAAUUUGGCAGCAAAUACUGACCAAGUAUGGAGACAUAACGGCCAAAUGCACCUUGACAUCGCCCGAGUUUGUAGCCUUCGUUAAGCAAUCCAUUCUGAAGAUUGUGAACCUGAUGCAUAAUAACACUGCCCGUGGCCUGUCUGAUGAAAACAUCUCCACCAUUGGUCGUAUAUUGGGCGAUUUGGAGCGUGUGGAGGUUAAGGUUGAUUGGUUAAGAACCCGAUUUGUUGCAGUGGGACAUUUAAUUGACUAUGCAAAGGCAAAGGACAACAGGGACAUGAUUCUUAGGCGCUUCAAUGAAAAGAGAGCUCAAGUAGCGCAGCUACAGCUGCAUCUAACGCAGCUACAGGGGGAGCUGGAUGAAGCAGAGGCCAGUUUACAGGAGCUGAAACACCAAGUACCCGAGUGGCUUACGUUCGAAGAUACACUUGGAAAAGGAUUAUUGUAGGAAGAGGAAGAUUAGUUAUCUUGAUAUUUUCAUUUAUUUGUUUGAUUUUAAAUAUACGGAUUAGAUGAAUGAUUACAUCAUCUUUUAAUUAAACGUACUUAAGCUUUUCAUGAUCA